AUGGUACCGGCACAUCGCCGCCUUUCCUCAGCAGCUUGGGUUCCGAGCUACUCGCUCCGACGCCUCGCUGUUUGUGUAUCACCAGGGCCAUGCGACUGCUACCUGCUCCUCAACAUCGACGACGUCAUCCGGACGGCCUCCUCGACCGAGCUCCUUCGUCAGCUCAUGGCGUGCGUCAGCACCGAGUUCGCCAUCAAGGUUCUUGAUCCUUUGCAGUACUUCCUUGGGAUUGAGGUGGUGCACCGUGCCGAUGGAUUCUUCCUUCAUCAACAGCAGCACGUGCAGGAACUCCUCAAGCGGGCAGGCUUGCUUAAUUGCAAGCACGUCCCCAUGCCUAUCGACACGAAGGCGAAGGUCUCCGCACUAGAUGGCUCACUGGCACCGGAUGCCGCCUUCCACCGCUUCAUCGUCGGCACUCUCCAUUACCCGACGCUUACUCCGCCAGACUUGCAGUACACCGUCCAGCAG